UCUCCUCCUCACCACUUUCCUCACCCCUUUCAAUUAUUCGGUUACCUAAUUGAUUGCAUUCUUCAAUGGCUGAUUCAGCCUCAGCCUCUUCCGGGAGAAUGUGGUGCUCCAUCCCCGAACGGCUUCAGCUGCAUGCGGCCAUGUUGGCCCUGCAGUUUGGCUAUGCCGGCUUCCAUGUCGUCUCAAGAGCUGCCCUUAACAUGGGCAUUAGCAAACUCGUUUUCCCAGUCUACCGCAACAUCAUUGCUUUUCUCCUUCUAGUUCCCUUUGCAUACUUCUUGGAAAAGAAGGAGAGGCCUGCCAUUACUUUAAACUUCCUCUUACAGUUCUUUCUUCUGGCGCUUGUCGGGAUUACUGCAAACCAAGGUUUCUACUUGCUUGGCUUGGACAACACAUCCCCAACCUUUGCAUCAGCAAUUCAGAACUCUGUCCCAGCCAUUACAUUUCUCAUGGCAGCCAUACUGAGGAUAGAGCAAGUGAGGCUGAACCGAAAGGAUGGGAUAGCAAAGGUGGCGGGAACAAUAUUCUGUGUUGCUGGGGCAACGGUGAUCACACUAUACAAGGGUCCAACAAUUUAUAGCCCGAGUCCACAUCUAAACAGCCCAGUAAUUGAGUUUGGCACACUCUCACUGGGAGAUGCAAAGGGCAAGAACUGGACCCUUGGUUGCCUCUACCUCAUAGGGCAUUGCUUGUCUUGGUCUGGUUGGCUUGUGUUGCAAACACCUGUACUCAAGAAGUACCCAGCUCGCCUUUCUGUCACUUCCUAUACAUGCUUCUUUGGACUCAUCCAAUUCCUAGUCAUUGCUCUUAUUGUUGAAAGAGAUGCUCAGGCUUGGAUUUUCCACUCUGGUGGAGAAGUAUUCACAAUUUUCUAUGCGGGAGUGGUGGCAUCCGGAAUUGCCUUCGCUGUACAGAUAUGGUGCAUUCACAGAGGUGGCCCUGUGUUCGUUGCCGUGUAUCAACCUGUUCAAACUCUUGUUGUCGCUAUUAUGGCUUCACUUGCUUUAGGCGAAGAGUUCUACUUGGGCGGGAUCAUUGGAGCAGUUUUGAUAGUUGUGGGACUGUACUUUGUCUUGUGGGGUAAAAACGAAGAACAGAAAUUUGCAAAGGAACAGGUUGCAAUUACGACCACCCCAGAGCAUAGCAGCAUCAGAUCCUCAAGCCAUGCCAAAACAUCACUCACUCAGCCUCUUCUCCCUUCUUCCACGGAGAAUGUGUGAUGAAGAAAACCAUGACUUCAAGCUGGGGCAGCAUUUUCUCAGAGAGAAAGGGCAAAAGAAAAAGAAGAAAAUGAUCGAUACCAGUUAUACAUUAUUACUACUUUAUAUCAGGAAGCUGCUUGUGUGUGUACGAAGGGGUUUUCAUCUUUCUUUCUUUCUUUCUUUUGGUUAAUUCACAUGCUUUCUUACUAGGACUUUUAGAAUGAGUUUUUUUUUUUUUUUUUUUUUUUUAAAUGGGAAUGAUUAC